UAGAACCAGAGCCGUGUCUGUCCGAGAGCGGACGGUGAGGAUCAAUAAGGGGACAGGAGAGUACCCGUGGGGCUUCAGAAUCCAGUUCUCCAAACCCAUUGUGGUGACUGAGGUCGACACCAAUGGAGCAGCAGAAGAAGCUGGUCUGAUCGUAGGAGAUUACGUCCUCGCCGUUAACGGCACUGAUGUGACCAGCAUCCCUCACUCUGAAGCCGCCGACCUCGCCAGACAAGGUCCGGAUAUCCUGACGCUGACCGUUGGCUCAGACAUCGCUCGCUGUCCUAACACCCCCCGCCCGGCAUGUCGAGGUUACCUUCACAAGCGUACCCAAUCAGGUCUGAUCAAAGGCUGGAGGAAGAGGUGGUUCGUCCUCACGCACGACUGCUGCCUCUACUACUACCGACACAAACGGGAUGAGGGGAAGAGGCGGGCUCUGUCAGCGAUGAAGCUGGAGGGCGCUGAGGUGGGACCAGAUGUUUCUCUGGGGAAACCGUUCGUGUUCAAGUGUCAACCUCAGACUGGGAACCGGGUUUUCUUCUUCUGUGCAAUGUCCAAUCAGGAGAUGAAGAGGUGGCUUGAAGCCAUGGAGAGAGCGGUCCAUCCCAUCACACAGAAGCAUGUGUGGGUGGACGUGACCCGCCAUAACUCCAGCCUGCCCCCGCUGGCCGUGAAGAACCCUGAGUGUCUGGGACUCCUUCAUAAGAUGGACCGCAGCAGGGACAUGUGGGUUCAGCACUACUGCAUCCUGAAGGACGGAUGUUUGCUCCUGUACAGCGGCAUCAGAGCCACACAUGCCCGAGGUGGGAUCUACCUGCAGGGCUAUGCAGUGAGAGAGCAGCCGUACGGAUCAAAGAAAUCCACCAUCGAGCUGAAACCGCCGUCUGACGAGUUUAAGACAUUUUAUCUGAGCGCUGAAGAUCCCAACGAGAACAAACGGUGGAUCAUCGCUCUCAAAGCGUCCAUAAAGAAGUGGCUUCCUCUCCAUCGGGCACUGCAGGACUACAUGAACCGCCUACCAGAGGAGACCAGGAUGUGACUGUGCCAGGGGAGCACACAAGCCCUAUAGACCCAGGGAGCACAGACCCCUUCAUAAACCUGGGGAGCACAUACACACCUCCCAAUAAACCUGGGGAGCACAGACCCUCCAU